GGUGCCAGUGGAGAGCCUGGGGGUUGUACAUUAAGUCAAUUGCCAGCGCUGAAAGAAUGUUUUAGGUGGGUCAAACCUUUUUAAUUCUCAAGUGGUCAACAGGCAGCGUGUUGAAGUUGGAUCUUGGUUUUGAAUGCCUGGGUUUGUUGACAAGAAUGAAUACUGUGUUUUUCAUUUUUCAUCUAGUCAUCCUAGCAGGCGCUGCCUGGGCCUCCUCUGAUGAAACACAUCUAGUUAAAACUCUCUUCACCGGUUACAAUAAGGUCGUGCGUCCUGUCAAUCACUUCAAGGACCCCGUGGUUGUCACUGUGGGCCUUCAGCUCAUCCAGCUGAUCAGUGUGGACGAGGUCAACCAGAUCGUCAGCAGCAACGUGAGACUGAAACAGCAAUGGAAAGAUGUGAACUUGCACUGGAACCCAGAGGAUUACGGUGGCAUCACAAAGAUCAGAGUUCCCUCCACUGACAUUUGGCGGCCUGAUCUGGUUCUCUACAACAAUGCUGACGGUGACUUUGCCAUCGUUCAUGAGACCAAAGUGCUGCUAGAGUACACAGGAAUGAUCACGUGGAACCCACCUGCCAUCUUCAAGAGCUACUGUGAAAUUAUUGUGCUGCAUUUCCCCUUUGACCUUCAGAACUGCAGUAUGAAGCUGGGCACCUGGACCUAUGACGGAAACUUGGUCGUUGUCAAUCCUGACAAUGACCGCCCUGAUCUGAGUCACUUUAUGGAAAGUGGAGAGUGGGUGAUGAAGGAUUUCCGCAGUUGGAAGCAUUGGGUGUACUAUGCCUGCUGCCCAGAAACCCCUUACCUGGACAUCACCUACCACUUCCUCAUGCUGCGGCUCCCGCUGUACUUCAUCGUCAACGUCAUCAUCCCCUGCAUGCUCUUCUCCUUCCUGACUGGCCUUGUCUUCUAUCUUCCUACAGACUCUGGUGAGAAGAUGACUCUCAGCAUCUCUGUCUUGCUUUCUCUGACUGUGUUCCUGCUGGUCAUUGUGGAGCUGAUCCCCUCUACCUCCAGCGCUGUGCCACUCAUUGGGAAGUACAUGCUCUUCACCAUGGUCUUCGUCAUUGCCUCUAUCAUCAUCACUGUCAUUGUCAUCAACACCCACCACCGCUCCCCAAGCACUCACACAAUGCCAGACUGGGUUCGCACGGUUUUUAUUGAAACCAUUCCCAACAUCAUGUUCUUUUCGACAAUGAAGCGUCCCGGGAAAGAAAAACCGAUUAAAAACAACUACGGUGGUGAUUUUGAUAUCUCAGACAUCUCUGGCAACCAGACUUCUAGUGUUCCCUACCAGUCGCCCAUCACCAAGAAUCCUGAUGUCCGCAGUGCCAUUGAAGGAGUCAAGUACAUCGCAGAAACCAUGAAAUCAGAUGAGGAAUCCAACAAUGCUGCUGAAGAGUGGAAGUUUGUGGCCAUGGUGUUGGAUCAUAUUCUGCUGUGCGUCUUCAUGGCUGUGUGUCUCAUCGGCACAUUAGGUGUGUUCGCAGGACGUCUCAUUGAGCUGAGCAUGCUCUAAAGGCCAGUGGCUCUUGUUCUACCUGUUUAACCUUUCAAAUGACCAGUUUGUUGCUCAAUGUCAAAACGUAUUGACUUUGUUUUUGAAGCUGCAGUAUGCUGUCCCGCAGCAUUCACUGUGUAUUCUAAGGCUUGUGGAAUUCCCUGUUUGUUUGCCUUUUGGUGUUUGAAGAGUUGUUCUUUUUCAAAUAUGUACAAGAACAUUUUGUACUGUUUAUUUCCGCAUAUUUUAUGACAGUGUUUUUGUUUUUUAAGAAAUAUAUGUGUGCAUAUUUUAAUGUUUAAUUAGUUCAAAAGAAAUGUAACUUUUUGGAAUAUUGUGCAGUUUAUAGGGGACAAGUUAAUAAAAAGGUUUCAUCCAUUUUCAUGGCAACUGAUUUGACUGAAAUGUUGUCUUGAUUAUUGUAUGUUGCCAAAUCCUUUAUGACCACUUUCCUGACAUACUGUAUGUAAUUGUGUAAUAUUGUAAUAUACUAGUAGUAGAUGUAGAAAUUCAGUUACCUAUAAUGCAAUCGUACAUGAAUUCUGACAAUAAAAUUUGUGUGUAACAGGCUGA